GUUGCUAAAGAAUGAAAAUGGGUGGAGCUGCAGCUUUAAAAGGAUAGCGAUGAUCUGCAAUGAACAAACCCCAGCAGUAGGUUGUGUGUCCACAGAAGAACAGGCAGAAAACAAGAAAAAAAAAAAAUCAAAAUGGAGAGUCUGGUGUUUGAUUAUCCCAAAUACCUGCAGACCUUUGAGCUGCUGUUGGAGAAUUCUGCUGAACACCAGUGCAUGACAGAUUUCAUCCAUACAAAGCUCUCCGGCAUCCUGGCCAGCAUCGGAAAAGGAGAACCCACUCUGAACGUGAUGGGAGUGGGAAGCGGAUCAGGUGAGAUCGAUCUAGAAAUUCUCAAAGUGCUGCAUGAAAAGCAUCCAGGUGCCAAAGUGGAGAAUGAGGUGGUGGAACCCAGCAACGACAUGCUUAACAAAUAUAAGACUUUAAUAUCGAAGACGCCAGGCCUUGAUUACGCCACCUUCAGUUGGAACAAAAUGACUGCAACGGAGUUCGAAAACGAAUGGAAAAAGAGAACCUCUGAGAAGAAGAUGCACUUCAUUAACCUUAUUCAGAUGCUGUACUAUGUGGAGGAUCCGGAGGCCACAGUUUGCUUCUACCGGAGUUUACUGCACAAAGACGGCAAAGUCCUCGUCAUUCUGGUCGCAGGGGAAAGUGCAUGGGCCAAGCUAUUGAAAGUCUACGGACAUCAGCUGUGCAAGGACGGAAUUAACCAGAACAUUUCGACCAAAGAAGUCAAGCAGUUUCUAGAGUCCAAAAAAAUCUCCUACCAAAACUACAAGUUCCAAUCCCUAUUGGACAUCACCGAGUGUUUCAUACCUGGAGAUAAAAAAGGAGACAAGCUACUGGACCUCCUGACCGAGGUCAUCGACUUCAGUAAGACCGCUCCUCCAGAGCUGAAGAAUGGAGUGCUGGAGUUUCUUAAACAUCCAGACAACAGCAAAGAAGUGGACGGCAGGAUCCUGUUCGAUUGUAGCACAGAGGCCUUGCUGAUCGACGCGUAGAUCCAGAACUUUCAGAUACACCGAACAGAGAAGCACUUGUCAAACAUCCGGUAAAAUGAUCAGGAAUAAGAAAUUGAUUAAUAGUUGUAGUUAAUCAUUUAUAUGUCAGACUGUCUAACCACCUUUAUCUUCAUAUUCACUUGGAGGAGUUGGAAUGAAUGAAUGAAUGAAUGAAUGAAUAGAUACACUUCUGAUUUUUCUCACAAGUCACUGCAGCAUACCUCAGUGUUCAAACCCUGUACCGUUAAUCCUCAUUAAUGCCCUUACCUGGAUGUAUUUUUCCCCUGUACUCCUUGCUGAUGAUACCAAGCAUUAAUAAUCAAAAAGUGUCACAUGAUUUGGUCUAAAUAAACUUUAAUAAACUCCAAUUAUAUUAUAACUUCAAAUGAAGUACAACAUUGCAAGCGACAUAUUUGUGCUGUUUCUGUUAGAAAUAAAGUGUGUAAAAAUA